GCCACCAUGCCACAGCAAGGCACGAGUACGACGCUGUUUCGGCUGCUCGCCUCCUGCCUGGGAAUCCUUCUGCUCCUGCUGCUGCCCCACCAGCUGCCAGCGCAGUGCAUCGACACCCACGAGCCGGGCUGCCGGCAUCCCGCAGAGGUGGGCAUGGCCCAGCGGCACUGCAUCGAUCCCACCAAGUACUGGCAGUGCAACGCCCUGGGCGACCCAGCGCAGCUCAAGUACUGCCGCCCCAACAUGGGCUUCGAUCAGGAUCUCAACGCCUGCGUGCCCUGGAUCGCAUGGGUGUGGCAGCCCUGCCUGGAGCCCGUCAGUCGUCCGCCCGGAUGGGAGGCGUGCUAA